AUGGCAUCAGUAUUCCACUUAUUCUCAGCUCUUCCAACGGAGCUUAGGCUGCUAAUUUGGAAAGAUGCGAUCCGGCCAGAUCUACCAGCGGCUCAUAUUCUACGCCUGCGCGAUCCUGGUUCCGAUAUCCUAGACCGCCCACGAGACUCGAUUCAUUUCACCCGACUCCACAACCCGGGUGAUUGUGCAGCUAUUCCAUUGUUGAACAAGUAUAUCGACGGCAUCGAUAAUGACAGCUAUUACAACAUAUCGACAUACUUAAUCGACGCCGGCUUGUGGACAGCUUGCCAUGAAUCAAGACUCAUGAUGCAGAAAACCUUUUUGUUUGACCCACGGCGCUACAGGUCCUGGACGUGGACGGGGCAUUAUACCUCUGGUGGUGCUCCAUUAUAUAUCACAAUCCGUUACAACGAAGACCUAGUUAUCAUACAGCCCGAUAAGUUCGACCUCGAAUGCUUGGAUGGUGAAAGGCUGAGCCUCUUGUAUAGCUUAAAAAACAUCGGCAUCGAGUACAGACCGGAAUUGGGGAUUGAGCUAAACGAAGAAGACGAAGGAGGCGAUGAUGCCCUUGCAUACUGGAACGUUUUUGACUUCGUUGGUGGUAGGAUCAGUGGAGUAACCGUUUGGUUGAUCGACCAUAACCUAAGACGCAAGAUGGACGCCCCCCCUUAUGUGGAAAAGCGCGUUAGAUUGGCUCACGAAACUGACAAUAUUUCUUUCUAUGCGGCCGAUAGGAAGUUCUCCAGCAUUGGACUUGAGAGCAAGGACGAGGAGUGCCUGGCUCAUUGGGAAUACAUCAACCCCGUUGCAGAUGGAGAUUAUGGCAAGUUCUCAUUAUACUUCGCAGAUCGAUUGUAUGAGUUGUACAAAGACAGAUUGGAUGAGAAUGAGGGCCACGCACCACGUUUUGGGUUUCUUGGGUGGGAUGGCCUUUGA